AAACAGCCCUUGCCGACAAUGAGAGCACAAUGAGCAAGGAAGUGAUGUAGCUACAGGACAAUCUGAGUUUUGGCUUAGCACCAGAUACCCGGCUUCCUCCCAGAAGCGCCACCACUUUCAUACCAGCAUCCCCACCUGGAUGCAGAAGUGGCUGUGGGGGGCAGAGGAUUGCUGACGGUCACCACACACUCCAGCGCCUCCCCCGCCAGAAAUACAGGACCCCGGCUCAGCUCUGCUACCACUUCAAUCAUGGCAGCUCCGCAAUCAGCUCUAGAAGGAAACAAGGGGGGCCGGAGGACCUGCAGAGACUACCGAAGGGGAGCCCAAGGCGGCUACAUUGCUGUCGCCGCCGCCGCUGAAGCAGGAGCUCCUCGGCUCCACCGAGACACCAGCCCACCUCCGCUUUCCCCAGCGUCCGGCCCUGCGGGACGGCACCUAACAGCAACCGGCGCCCGAAUCUGGAAUAGGCUGGCGAGAUACUCUGUACCCGAGGGCUCGGAAGCUGGAGCCAUCGAGGUCGUGGGGACCCUGGAAUCAGGAAACAUGGAAACCGGCGUACCAGUUUCGGAGCAGAUUAGCUGUGCCAAAGGGAACCCACAGGUCUACUGCCCCGAAGAUACUGGAGGGAUCGAGACUGUGCAGGUUACAGACUGCGAGAUCCCUGAGGACAACCGACCCCAAAAAGAGCCGGGCUACUGCAAUCCGGAGGACUCUGGGCAGCUGAUGGCUUCCUAUGAGGGUAAAGCUAGGGGCUACCAGGUGCCUCCCUUUGGCUGGCGCAUCUGCCUAGCUCAUGAGUUUACAGAGAAGAGGAAACCCUUUCAAGCUAAGGACAUCUCCCUAAGCAACCUGAUAAAGCAUAUGGGCAUGGGCUUGAGGUACUUAAGGUGGUGGUACCGGAAGACCCAGGUGGAAAAGAAGACACCUUUUAUCGACAUGUUAAAUUGUGUACCCUUGAGACAGAUCUACGGUUGUCCCUUAGGUGGCAUUGGGGGAGGCACUAUCACUCGUGGCUGGAGAGGCCAGUUCUGUCGUUGGCAGCUUAACCCUGGAAUGUAUCAGCACCAUACAGUCAUCGCCGACCAAUUCACAGUGUGCCUGCGUCGGGAAGGGCAGACUGUAUACCAGCAAGUCCUGUCCCUGGAGCGCCCAAGUAUCCUACGCAGCUGGAACUGGGGCCUAUGUGGGUACUUUGCUUUCUACCACGCCCUCUAUCCCCGAGCCUGGACUGUCUAUCAGCUUCCUGGCCAGAGUGUCACCCUCACCUGCCGCCAGAUCACACCCAUCUUGCCCCAUGACUACCAGGACAGCUGCCUGCCUGUAGGAGUCUUUGUGUGGGAUGUGGAAAAUGAAGGGGAUGAAGCUCUGGAUGUGUCCAUCAUGUUCUCCAUGAGGAAUGGACUAGGGGGUGGCGACGAUAUCCCAGGGGGGUUGUGGAAUGAGCCCUUCUGUCUGGAGCGUGAUGGAGAGACUGUACAGGGGCUGCUGCUGCAUCAUCCAACCCUUCCAAAUCCCUACACGAUGGCUGUGGCUGCACGACUCACGGCAGAUACAACGGUAACCCACCUCACAGCCUUUGACCCUGACAGCACUGGGCAGCAGGUGUGGCAGGAUCUACUUCAGGAUGGACAGCUGGACUCUCCCGCUGGCCAAAGCACCCCCACACAGAAAGGAGUAGGCGUUGCUGGGGCUGUAUGUGUUUCUGGCAAGCUGCCACCUCGAGGCCAGUGCCGCUUAGAGUUUUCACUGGCUUGGGACAUGCCCAAGAUCAUGUUUGGUGCUAAGGGCCAAACACACUACAGGCGGUACACAAGGUUCUUUGGCCAGGAUGGUGAUGCAGCCCCUGCCCUUAGCCACUAUGCACUGUGCCGAUACGCAGACUGGGAAGAGAGGAUCUCAGCUUGGCAGUGCCCAGUAUUGGAUGACAGAUCCUUGCCUGCCUGGUACAAAUCCGCGCUGUUCAAUGAACUCUACUUCCUGGCUGACGGAGGCACAGUAUGGCUGGAAGUUCGUGAGGGCUCUCUGUCAGAGGAGCUGGGAGAGAGCAUGUGUCAGCUCCGCCCGAUCCUACAGGACUACGGUCGAUUUGGCUACCUUGAGGGCCACGAGUAUCGCAUGUACAACACAUAUGAUGUCCACUUUUAUGCUUCCUUUGCUCUCGUCAUGCUCUGGCCCAAACUUGAGCUCAGCCUGCAGUACGACAUGGCUCUAGCCACUCUCAGGGAGGACCUGACACGACGACGGUACCUGAUGAGUGGGGUGAUGGCACCUGUGAAAAGGAGGAAUGUCAUACCCCAUGAUAUUGGGGACCCAGAUGAUGAGCCAUGGCUCCGAGUCAAUGCAUAUUUGAUCCAUGAUACUGCUGACUGGAAAGACCUGAACCUGAAGUUUGUGCUGCAGGUGUAUCGGGACUAUUACCUAACGGGUGACCGAGGUUUCCUGAAGGACAUGUGGCCUGUGUGUCUAGCUGUGAUGGAGUCUGAAAUGAAGUUUGAUAAGGACCACGAUGGACUCAUUGAGAAUGGAGGCUAUGCAGACCAGACCUAUGAUGGAUGGGUCACCACAGGCCCCAGUGCUUACUGUGGAGGCCUGUGGCUGGCAGCUGUGGCUGUGAUGGUCCAGAUGGCUGCUUUGUGUGGGGCACAGGACAUCCGGGAUAAGUUUUCCUCCAUCCUUAGCAGGGGCCAAGAAGCCUAUGAGAGACUGCUAUGGAAUGGUCGCUAUUACAACUAUGACAGCAGUACCCAGCCUCAGUCUCGUAGUAUUAUGUCUGACCAGUGUGCUGGACAGUGGUUCUUGAAGGCCUGUGGCCUAGGAGAAGGAGACACUGAGGUGUUUCCUAGCCCACAUGUUGUCCGUGCUCUAAAAACUAUCUUCGAGCUCAACGUCCAGGCCUUUGCAGGAGGGGCCAUGGGGGCCGUCAAUGGGAUGCAGCCCCAUGGUGUCCCUGAUAGAUCCAGUGUACAGUCUGAUGAAGUCUGGGUGGGUGUGGUCUAUGCGCUAGCAGCCACUAUGAUCCAAGAGGGCCUGACUUGGGAGGGCUUUCGUACAGCUGAAGGUUGCUACCGUACCGUGUGGGAGCGCCUGGGCCUGGCCUUCCAGACCCCAGAGGCAUACUGCCAGCAGCGGGUGUUCCGCUCACUGGCCUACAUGCGGCCACUAAGCAUCUGGGCCAUGCAGCUGGCCCUACAACAGCAGCAGUGCAAAAAGACUUCAUGGCUAGUAGUCGAACAGGGCACAGGACUAAGCACAGGGCCUACAUUUGGACCAAAGGAAGCCAUGGCAAACCUGAACCCAGAGUGAGCCCUCUGAACCACAGGAAGGAGACACUAACAGUCCAGCCUCCAGCCUGACCUCUCCUCCUUUCCCCCAAUUUCCUGCAGCCCUGAGCCAUCAGGACAAUCAUACCCCUUCCCUUCUUCCCAUCCAACUGUGCCAGUAAAGGGGGGUUGAGGGUGACCCAGGCAUCAGAAUCACUUAUUUAUUUAUUUCCUCACCCCUUCUUUCACUACAUGAAAUGUUCGGGGGGUCAGUUGAUUUCCCCAGAUGCAUUCAUGGGGUGACAAACAUGGGUACAAAUAAAAGACCCAGAAAGCC